CAGAAUUGUAAACUUCAUUUAUUGAUUUGUGAAGAAGAUUUUGCGGACUGGAGCAUCAUGAGCGGCUACCGAGGAAUAGGAGGUGGCGGCUUCCCGUAUAGAAAGCCGGCCAGCUCGGGCAGCAACAUGAACGCCGUGCCACCGCCGCCGGUGCUGAAUAGUCGCGGAUAUGUGCCAAGGGGAGGAGGUGCGGUUGGUGCCGCCGGUCGGGGUAUUCCACCGCUGCCAUCGGCCAGUGGCACUUCCAAGCAGGGCUACACCACGCUGGACUCCAUCAGUCAGUACACCAACUCCACAAACUUUGUGGGCAAGCGCAAACAGCACACGGACGACGAUUACUUUGACGAAGACGAUGAGCAGCAGCAGAAUCACAGGGAGCUGGAGCAGGCGUACAUACCAGCACCAGGAUCGCCUGGGGCGACUGCAGCGGACAAGAAGCAGGAGGAAUCCGACUCGGAUGAGGAUCCGCUGGAGCAGUUCAUGGCCGGCAUCAACCAGCAGGUGGAGAAGGAGAAGGUCCGUGCGGCCACACAGCAGCCAAAAGCCACCAGCGCCCCGCAACUCGAGAAGGGUGUGCGCGGCGACAUCGAUGACGAGGACGACGAGGAGAGUUACUACCGCUACAUGGAGGAGAAUCCCAAUGCUGGGCUCCGCGACGAUGGCUCCGACCAGGAGAUCGAGUACGACGAGGAUGGCAAUCCGAUUGCACCGCCCAAGAAGAAGGACAUUGAUCCCUUGCCCACCAUCUACCACUCGGAGAUCGAGUACGAGCCGUUCGAGAAGAACUUCUACACGCCGCACGAGGAGAUUUCCUCCCUGGACGAGGAGGGAGUACGCGAGCUGCGGCACACUCUUGGCGUGAAGGUCACCGGUCCCUCACCGCCCAAUCCUGUGACUUCUUUCGGUCACUUUGGCUUCGACGAGCAGCUAAUCAAGGCCGUGCGAAAGGCGGAAUACACACAGCCGACGCCCAUCCAGGCGCAGGCGGUGCCCACAGCCCUGGCGGGUCGAGACAUCAUCGGCAUUGCCAAGACGGGCUCUGGCAAGACGGCGGCAUUCAUCUGGCCUCUGCUCAUGCACCUGAUGGAUCAGCGGGAGCUGAAGCCAGGCGACGGGCCCAUCGGCCUGAUCCUCGCCCCCACCCGCGAGCUCUCCCUGCAGAUAUACAACGAGGCCAAGAAGUUCGGCAAGGUGUACAACAUCAAUGUGGUCUGCUGCUACGGCGGCGGCUCCAAGUGGGAGCAGAGCAAGGCGCUGGAGCAGGGCGCUGAGAUUGUGGUGGCCACGCCGGGCCGCAUGAUUGAUAUGGUCAAGAUGAAGGCCACCAAUCUGCGGCGAGUGACGUUCCUGGUGCUGGACGAGGCCGAUCGCAUGUUCCACAUGGGCUUCGAGCCGCAGGUGCGCUCCAUUUGCAACCACGUGCGUCCCGACCGUCAGACUCUGCUCUUUUCGGCCACCUUCAAGAAGCGAAUCGAGCGCCUGGCCCGAGACGUGCUCUCGGAUCCGGUGCGCAUCGUUCAGGGCGAUCUGAAUGAGGCCAAUCAGGACAUCACACAGUCGGUGUUCGUCUUCCCCAAUCCGCUGCAAAAGUGGAAUUGGCUCUUGUGCCAUCUGGUCAAGUUCCUCUCGGAGGGCAGUAUCCUGAUCUUCGUCACCAAAAAGGCCGAUGCCGAGACUGUGGCCAACAAUCUACUCGUCAAGGAGCACAACUGCCUGCUGCUGCACGGCGACAUGGACCAGGCGGACCGCAACAAGGUCAUCACACAAUUUAAGCGCAAAGAGUGCGACAUUCUGGUGGCCACCGAUGUGGCUGCCCGUGGCCUGGACAUACCGCACAUCCGCAACGUGGUGAACUAUGACAUUGCCAGGGACAUUGACACGCACACGCAUCGGAUUGGUCGCACGGGUCGUGCCGGGGAGAAGGGCAAUGCCUUCACUCUGGUCACCGACAAGGACAAGGAGUUUGCCGGCCAUCUGGUGCGCAAUUUGGAGGGUGCCGAUCAGGAGGUGCCCGAGGAUCUCAUGGAGCUGGCCCUGAAGAGCUCCUGGUUCCGCAGCUCCCGCUUCAAGCAGGGCAAGGGCAAAAAGGUCACAAAAACAUACACGGGACUGGGCUAUCGCGAGCCGCCACAUGGAGGCGGCGGAGGUGGCGGCAGAGAACGAAGAGGCUCCAGAGACAGAAGCAGCUCUGGAGAUCGUUCACCACCAUCGCGUAACAGCUCGAGGCCAGGCAGCAGCACCGAUAAUCCCUUUACCAAGGAGCCAAGACCCGCCUCCAGUGCCGGCCCAGCCACAGAUCGCUAUGCGGCGAUGCGAGAGGCGUUCCGAAAUCAGUACAGCUCACAGUUUAGGGCCUCCAGCGAUCGCACUUGGGAGGAGACAGUGCCCCAGACGGGGGUGUUUGCUGCACCAGCACCGCCGCCAGCCCCAGGUUCUUCAUCAUCCUCCAGCAGCAGCGGCAACAACAAAGAUGACUCGAAACGCGCGAAGAAGAGUCGCUGGAAUUGAGAAGAGAAUUGAAAGUCUUGAGGAACUCUGUUUAUUUCUUUAUAUUAUUUAAUGUGUAUUUGCUUUUGUUCCAUCAUUUAAAAUUACAACUUAUGGACUACAUUUAAACAUAUAUUUAUAUGCGUGUAUAUAUGUAUACUCAGAUAUACAUAUACCUUGUUCAUUAUAAUUUACGUUAGUUAAAUACUCGUAUGUACAACGCUCUCCGCUCUCCUUGAAUCCCUACUUCACACACUCAUUGAAGCAUCAUCAAAUAAUCGGAUCACCAUGUGGGAUCCGCAAAAUAAAAAACCUUUCAUCAUUAAUUGUAAUCUUUUUAUAUGUGUAUUUUAUUUUGAAUAAAAUCACAUUUGCGCA